AUGGAAGUCUUGCUGCCUCCUGUGAUCAUUCUACAGGUCAACCAGUCGUUAGACGUCAAAAGAGUGCUUGGGGGAUCAAGGCCAGAACCGCUUUGUCUAUUGUUAUUUGGUGAAAUAUCUCACUCUAAUGUAAUUGUCCACUAUGGACUAGAACUACCAUUGUUAGAAGAAAAUGGCACUAUAAGUUACGCUUCUGAUGCAUUGAACAAACGAAUUGGUCUUGUGCGCUCUGUGCUUCCACAAUUACAGCUAUUGGGCAUUAUUUUUGUCAUUGAUAGUUCGUUGCCCUUCCACUUCGAUACGAUUCUUGAUGCUUUGAUGAGUGAGGUAGAAACCUUGAAAUCUUUCCUGAUCUACACUAUUCAAGGCAAUAAGCUAGAUCUUCGCUGCCAUCAGAUUGACGAGCCUCGACAUAGGAUGCCAGUCCGAUUUUUAAACAAUGACACUUUACUUGCUGCGAUUGACGAUUCACAGCACCUAAGAAAUGAAGACAAGAAUGACCAUGAGAAGCAAAAAGACUUUAAAGAAAAACUCAUCUCAAGAAUUAGCAACAUCAUUAGGUAUCUGGAACAAGGCCAGGUCACCGACUCGAUUUUGAGGAAGAUAAACCUGCUAGUUUUGCAAUUGAAAAAGGCUCCGACGAAUGACAUCGAACAACAAGUACUAGAGAAAGAGAUGGAAUUGCAAUUACUCAACAUUAUAUGCGAUCAAUGGGAAACAGGGCACACCUUAGGCAGAAGCGACCCAUAA